AUAGUAAACAUAAAACGAUUUUUCAAUAUCAGAUGAUACCACCAAACAAAUACUAGGUUUUUAACUUUAAUAUAUGCUUAUUAUUAAUCUUUAUUCUUUAUUUUAAAAACUUAUUUUUCAGAUAAAUAAAUAAAUAAGAGCCAAAACUUUCAAUCGGAAAAUUUGAUUAACUGAGUUCCAUGCGAAUAUAAACUAAAGAAAACCGGGGUGGGGGAAUCCCAUAACCCAGAAGCCAAACACAGCAGAUAGGUACGAGGGAUCAAUCUAACGGCGUGAAACGUGUUUGUCGUUGAUGGGUUGGGGUCAAAUGAAGGAAGUACCGAUGAUGUAGUACCAUACCAUCUCUGCCCUGAAAGCUUAAACCCCCACAUCCCAUCCCAUCCCAUCGUCGUCCUUCUCGCUCUUUCUCUCUCUACUGCAACUCUCUGUCUCUGUCCUGAGGCCUUGCAUGUCAAUGGGUCGGCUUCCAUUCCAUCUCUGGAUUGCUGAAGAUUAUUGGGUUUUACUUAAUUUGGGGUUUAUGCUUUUUAUUCAGAGACUUUCCCUCCUCUAAAGACGUGAUAUUUUCUUCCCCCAAAAAUUUCUAAUUUCGCUUCCUUUCUUUCUUAGGUUUUGUCUUUGCAUACUUUUCUUCUAAUCUUCUUCUUCGUUGUUAAUGAUUGUUCUCACUGUCUCUAAAAUGGCAGAUUCAUUUUAUGCUUUUAUUUGAUUUGAUUCAUUGCAGCUACAGAUACUCUUUUUUUCUUUCCAAUUCUAUUCUAUUUCACUGUUAAAAGAACAAACUUUGACUUUUGAUUGCUUUUUAUCUGCUUUCAGAAUUCAAAGGGGAAAAAAAGGAAAAAAAAAAAAAUCAAUCUUGAUUUUAAAUAACGCUGGUUCUGUCUCUGGUUCAAUGGAGUUUGAACCAUUGAGCAUGGCCAACGAGGUGAUUGAGUUCGACAUGAUGGGUUUGGGUGACAUUGAGCACCCUGUCCAAGAAUAUGAGCUUCUUCGCAAUUCCCCUGCAGCUGCUUCCCUUGCUGUUGUUCCUCCUGGUAUUGUAGCUUCUUCCACUGAACCUCUCAUCCCUGAAGGAGACACCAAUCUCGAACCUUAUGAAGGUAUGGAAUUCGAAUCGGAAGAGGCCGCCAAGGCUUUCUACAAUUCCUAUGCUCGUCGGGUCGGUUUUAGCACUCGUGUCAGCAUGUCCCGUCGCUCCAGGCGAGACGGCGCUAUCAUCCAGAGAUCAUUUGUCUGCGCUAAGGAGGGAUUUCGAGUUGACAAGCAUGACAAGCAGCCCGUACCUGAUCGAGAUGGCAGAGUCAAGCGCCCUCGUGCCGAGACCCGAGUUGGUUGCAAGGCCAUGUUGGCCGUGAAGAUUCAAGAUUCUGGGAGAUGGGUUGUCUCUGCAUUCGUCAAAGAGCAUAAUCACGAGUUGGUUCCUCCUGAUAAGGUGCAUUGCCUUCGGUCUCACCGUCAUGUCUCUGGUGCUGCAAAGUCAUUGAUUGAUACCUUACAAAGUGCUGGAAUUGGCCCAAGUGGAAUCAUGUCGGCCCUCAUUAAGGAAUAUGGUGGGAUUAGCAAUGUCGGGUUUACCGAGCGUGAUUGCAGGAAUUACAUGAGGAGUAGUCGACAGAGGACUCUCGGAGGUGAUACACAGCACCUCUUGGACUACUUGAGAAGCAAGCAAGCUGAGAAUCCAGCAUUUUUCUAUGCUGUGCAGGGAGAUGAAGAUCAGUGUAUGAGCAAUAUCUUCUGGGCUGAUCCCAAGGCAAGAACUAACUAUACUUACUUUGGUGACACUGUUACCUUUGACACUACUUAUAGGUCAAACCGAUAUAGAUUGCCCUUUGCACCUUUCACCGGAGUUAACCAUCACGGUCAGCCAGUUUUGUUUGGUUGUGCUCUCCUAAUAAAUGAGUCGGAGUCAUCUUUUGUUUGGCUGUUUGAAACUUGGUUAGCAGCAAUGUCCGGGAGGUCUCCUGUCUCGAUCACUACCGAUCAUGAUCGGGUGAUUCGGUUGGCUGUUACACAGGUUUUUCCUGAGUCCCGCCAUCGUUUCUGUAAAUGGCACAUCUUUAAAGAGUGCCAAGAGAAGCUAUCCCAUGUGCUAUCUGAACAUCCUAGUUUUGAAGCAGAGCUUCAUAAAUGUGUCAACUUGACAGAGUCGGUUGAAGAGUUUGAGUCUUGUUGGUUAUCUAUAAUUGAUAGAUAUGAUCUUAGGGAACAUGAAUGGCUGCAGUCUGUAUAUUCCAAUAGGCGGCAGUGGGUUCCAGUGUACUUGAGGGAUGCAUUCUUCGCUGAAAUGUCUAUAACGCAACGCAGUGAUAGCAUGAACUCUUAUUUUGAUGGAUAUGUGAACGCAUCAACUACUUUACAGUUGUUUGUGAAGCAGUAUGAGAAGGCUUUAGAAAGUCGGUACGAGAAAGAAGUGAAGGCAGAUUAUGAUACCAUAAACACUGCUCCUGUUCUUAAGACCCCUUCUCCUAUGGAGAAACAGGCAGCUGAGUUUUACACAAGGAAAUUGUUUAUGAAAUUCCAAGAGGAGUUGGUUGAGACGUUAACGUUUUUGGCCAGUAAAGUUGAGGUUGAGGAGGAAACCAGCACAUAUCAAGUGGCUAAAUUUGGGGAAAGCCAUAAAGCUUAUUUUGUAAGAUUUAAUGUUCAAGAGAUGAAAGUAAAUUGUAGCUGCCAGAUGUUUGAGUUCUCUGGUCUGCUCUGUAGACACAUCUUGACAGUAUUUAGGGUGACAAAUGUUCUUACUCUACCAUCUCGUUAUAUUUUGAAGCGAUGGACAAGGAAUGCCAAGAGUGGUGUUGUAUUAGAGGAACGUGCCAGUGAUUUGUUGAAUAGUUCACGGGAAUCUCUUACUGUACGAUACAAUAAUCUUCGCCAGGAGGCCCUCAAGUAUGUUGAUGAAGGAGUUAAAACUGUUGAAAUUUAUAAUGUUGCCGUGCGUGCAUUACAGGAGGCUGCGAAUAAAGUUGCUAUGGUGAUGAAGAAUGGUCUGAAAAAUGUUACUGUAAAUGGAACAGCCAGAGAAGAUCUUUUCUAUCAGGGAAGUGAAGUUACUAAUACAUUGGCUGAGGAUGAGCAGGACAGGAAAAUCCAUAAAUUGUCCCGGCAACUGGAGCGAUCAAGACGAAAAUGCACGGUGUAUCGGGCUAACUUACUUUCAGUUUUGAAAGAUAUUGAGGAACAAAAAUUACAGCUCUCAGUUAAAGUUCAAAACAUCAAGCUUGGAAUGAAAGAGUGACGGUUUUCCUCUCUCCCUCACCCUUGUAUGUUAUUCUGCAGUUCCAUAUAAUUUUAUUCUCCACCAUUAAACAUCAAAAGGGAAAUAUCAUUCGCCAUUCUUCUUGGUUUC